GAGAUAACACUGGUCCUGGAAACGAGGUCGGGAAAAUAUCAACCCAAAACUGGAAAAUAUAUUCAUUUCUUUUAACCAUGGAUCCCAAUACGGGCCUAGACUUUCAGCGCAUUGUGGUCACUGAAACUGAAACUCUCGAUAAGCACAGCAAUAUAAUGGAGAGAUUGCGACUGGAACAGCGGCUACCACAAGGAAGGAGAACGUGGGAAGAAUUGAUAGAGAAAGCAGGAUUAAAACGAGACCCUAGUCAAACAGAGCAAACGUGUCAACACUUCGUCAACCAAGGACAGUGUUUGGUUCUAGGAGACUCUGGAGUUGGAAAAACAAGUCUGGUUAGGGCUAUCACUGGAAAGCCUUUCGACGAAAUGGAGCCAAAAACGCGAGGAAUUGAGCUAAGUCUUGUUGAUGAGAAAUGGCACAACUUCGAUAUGAAGGAUCUCAUUUUUGGAAGCGUAAACCGAUUCUAUGUAGAAGUUCUUAUUCAAUUAAUGCUUUAUGGAAGGGCUGGAAAUGUAAUUUUUCAGCAAUCUAGGUUUUGGAAAAGCAACAGUCGUCUCCUUCUAACGCUAAUGAUAUUUAUUAUCUUUUGUGCAAUAACAAUUAUAAUUACGGAUACCCCCAAAAAAGAUUUCCUCGUGGGCGUCCUUUGUAUGUUUUUUUUCCAACUUUUUUUCGAUCUUUUUGGAACUUGGUGUGUUUUCUCUCCAAAAGAAGAUUGGAGAUUAAAGAUGAGCUUAUGCUGUUUUAUGAUCAACCCUCGUGGAUUAAUAAUAGGAGCAUUUCAUUCUGUUGUGUUGCUACGUUUUGUCCAUGAAAUCAAUUACGGCGAGCUAUCCAAACCUGCAAUUCUUCAAGCUCUCCUCUUUGUAGCGACAGUUAUCGCAAUUGGGUACAUCGCUUUUUUACUUUUAAGAGGCCCACGAUCGUUUGCUUUGGAGCGAAAAUGCCCCCAUCCAGGUCAAAUGAAAUUUAAUAAUAAAAGGUCAGUAGAAGUAAUCUUCUUUAGUCGUUUCGUCUUCAACACCUCUAUAGGCUUCAUUUUUGUUAUAUUAAUUGGUGUAUUUCAUUCAAAAAUUCUAGACCAGGUUUCUAUCGUGACGCUAUUCUAUUACUAUGCAGCUUUCUUGGCAGAGUCGAUGCCUCGAAUUCUAAAAUCACUACAAGAGUGCAAGUCUCCAUGGGCAAAAUUGAUGUCAGCGGUUAUUUGUCUUCUAUGUGUUUUCGCACAUCCUCUCAAUUCAAAUGAGAGAUUUUCCAUGGUUUUCGUUCUUUUCUGUGAUACACUAUACGAAGAAUACUUUUGGUUGGCAUUUGCAAUAUCAGCAUCUGGCCAUGACCACGAAGGUCAAAAUAUGUUGACUGCUGUUCAGUUAGAAAAAGCAAUAAUAGACCACAAAAGAUUGAAGAAUGCACUCAAUCAGAAGUGGUCUUCUUUGAAGCUUAAGAUUCUUGAUUUUGCUGGAGACAAAGAGUACCAUGCCUACUUUCACAUGUUUCUGAGAAGUCAAGCUAUUUAUGUCAUUGUAUUUAACAUGGCAAAGUUUGCGGAGGAUAGUCUCAGAGACUUGUCUGCAAAUAUAAAGAGUCUCCACCUUUGGCUUGAGUCUGUUUGUAGCCACAUGCCACCAAGUACUCCAGUUCUCCUUGUGGGAACACAUAGAGGCAACAUGGAGAGAUCCACUAUGGAAAGAAUCAAUGACCAUCUAAAGGAAAACUUUUGGGAUCUUUUUUGUGAUGAUCUGGUUGUAAACAAAGAGUAUGGGUUUAUUUUUUUUCCUGUUGAAAACUCCUUGGGUCAAAACGAUGUUGGGAUUCAAACUUUUCAGAGAGCAAUCAUGGCCACUGUAGAGGAACUUAAGACAACUAUUGGUCGGAACAUUCCUCUCUCUUGGAUCCAGAUCCAGGAUGCCCUCAUCAGUAUGAAGGGUGACAAGGGAGCAAAAGUCUGUGUGAUGUUAGAAGAGUUUCCUACUGUAUUUGACAAUUUCAUUUGCACCAACUGGACUGAAGAGACACUGAAAUACUUUCACGAGAAGGGUUUUAUUAUGUACCUCGACAAAGAGCCAAAGAGGGUUCUGCUUAAUCCUGAUAUACUAAUUGAUAUUAUCAUCAGACUUGUCACUCAACAACCUGAAGGGUUUCCUCAAAGAGGUUACAGACGUCACUGGAACCUAUUGUGCAACAAAGGAAUGCUGACACAACCCCUACUAGAGAGUAUCCUCUCAAAAGUGGUGCAGGAAAAUAAGGAAGAUGUGACUGCAUUCCUCGAAGAAUAUGACUUGAUCUGCCCUUUGACAUACCAAAAGGCUCCUGUAAAUGAGGAACCUCUGGCCCCAGUUUUCUUUGUUCCAGCACUGUUGCCAAUUUCUACAGAUGAGAACACUCAGUUGUGGAGCGACAGCUCCUCAGAUAAAAAGUUCUUUGUGUUUUUCAAGAAAUUCCUACCUGAGCCUUUCUUUCACUGUCUUCUCUCCCGUGCUCACAAGAACAGCAAAGUUGAGUUUUUCCAUAGCCAACCUCUUGUUUUCAGAGAUGCUGGCAAGUUCUGGUUGAAUCCCAAGCAGCCAUAUAGAUUAAAACUGCUAAAAGACAUGAAGAUGGUAGAGGUGACAUUCACCAGUAGGUUAGUUGAGUAUCCAUUUGUUGUCCAUUUAUUUAUGAUAGUGGCUAAUGGGGCUUUAUAA